AAUAGGAGGGCCACUCAGGCAGUCACACACUUCGCAACACAGACAAAAAAUGGUUGGACCCUCCAAUCUAAAAACCCUCCCUCCUCUCCAGGUUUUCUCCACCUUACCACCACCACCACCAUCGUCUUCUUCCUCAAGCUCCAUGACGAAGCUCAAAACCUUAAUCCACACCCUCAUCUUCUCCCACGUGUGCCGCGCAAUUCGGUAUCUCAACAAAGCCAAAUCCAAAACCAUAUCCUUUUUCAUUCAAAUCAUUAAGGAGAGCCAGCCCAUGCAACUGAUUUACCCUUCAAAGAAGAGCAGGAGCAAGAACAAGAACAAGAUCUUCUUCGGCUCGUUCCGGCUGCACUACAACUGGUGCUCCUCCACGCACGUUCUUCCCGUGCCAGCCCGCGUCUACGAGGGUCUCACAUCAACAAGCCAUUUGUACUACGAUUCGAAUUGGAAUUCCGUAAUUUCAACCGAGGAGCAAUGCGGCGGUCAUGAUCAGGACAGCGGCGAGUCGCAGCUUUCGGGGUACCUCCAAUGGCUGGAGGAAAACAAGGUGCAUGAAAAAUCCAUGGCUGAUGAGACAGAUGAGAAUGAGAUUGAUAAGCUGGCCGAUUUGUUCAUUGCAAGCUGUCAUGAGAAGUUCAUGUUGGAGAAGCAGGAGUCCUACAGGAGAUUCCAGGAAAUGCUUGCCAGAAGCGCAUGAGAUCGGUAGUUGUUUAGUGUCUGUGUGGGAUCAAAUUUCUCUUUACCUUUCUCAUUCUUCUAUAAAAACAUGUCUCGAGUGAGGAAAGCGUAGUGAUUGGCUGGAUUGAGUAAUUUUUUUUUCCUUUUUUGUUUCUUUAAUUAUGUAGUUACUCGAUUAGCUUGUGUCUUUUUGAAAAUGGUGGGGUUUGGAGAAAUAUUGUACAUGAUGAUGGAGGGUACUUUCUGAGUUUUUGUGCAAUUCUUCUAUCUUCAAAUGGUGA